AGAAUUCAAGGUGAAGGUGUGUGUGUGUGUGGAUAAAAAUAGUUUUUCGCAUAGUUGUUUUGUUUGUUCUUCUUCGAAGGUUUAACAAGCAGUUCUUAUCGCGCAUUCACUUGAAUAACAAUCGUAAAUCACAAAUUUAAAUGAAUAAUCAGUUACAUUUCACACUGUUUACUUGGACCAUCGACCCGCGAUUAAAACUGGUUCCAGAUUCACUCGAACUUGAAACAGGUUAUACUUCCAGUGCAUUUUGUUGAUUAAGAAUUCUCAAUCGAAGUGAAGAGUUUGCCAAGAAAGUGUUAAAGAACCGUAACAACAAAGUUUUAGGAAGACUAUAAAAACUUUCAUCAAAAAAUGGUUCUUUCAAUGGAUAGAUGGCGGGGUAAAAUUGCAGUAGUGACUGGAGCUAGUUCAGGAAUAGGAGCAGGAAUAGCACGAAGAUUGGUUGAGGAAGGCUUACUCGUAGUUGGAAUAGCAAGAAGAAGUGACUUGAUAGACAAAAUGGCAUCGGAACUAUCUGAUAAAAAAGGCAAACUCUACAGCUACAAAGCAGACAUAAGCAAAGGAGAAGAAAUAAAGCUAGCUUUCCAGUGGAUCAUCGAAAACCUUGGCCCCGUACAAGUAUUGGUCAACAACGCAGGAAUUCACUACAGACAAACCCUACUGGAUGGAGAUCCAGAAAACUGGAAAAAAACACUUGACGUUAACGUCCUCGCAUUGUGUAUCGCGACACAAGAGGCAACGAAAAUGAUGAGAAAAAUCGAUGCGGAGGGCCAUGUUUUUCACAUCAACAGCAUAGGGGGGCAUAGUGUAGCAAAUUUGCCUAACAUGGAUAUAUAUUCAGCUACAAAAUUUGCUGUCACCGCUUUGACAGAAACACUUAGACGGGAACUGCAGCAAAUCAAGUCCAAAAUAAGGAUAACGAGUAUCAGUCCUGGAGCUGUAGAUACUCCCAUUUUUGAUGAAAAAACGAGAAAUAGCCAAGCAUUCAACGAUUUAAUCGGCAAACAUAUGUUGCAACCGGAGGAUAUCGCCGAUGCCAUCGUGUAUGUUUUAUCAACGCCGCCUCAUGUACAGGUCCACGAAUUGACCAUCAAGCCCCUCAAUGAAGUAUUGUGAGCGAUGAGAUAUAAGGUUACACUAUCAUUCCUUUUUUGAAAUAUUUCUAACUUUUUGGCUUAAGGAAAAAUUUCUUUAACGAAUAUAUUUUCAACAGGAAAUAAAAAAUUAACUGAAAUGGA